GGCUGUGCCACUGACGAUUGCAUCUGCUUUCCAAGCCAGUGGAAACGUGUGUGUGUGUAAUUGUAAAUGUCAUCAGUCUAUAUCUCCCAUGCAGGGGUCCUCAAAACACUUUCAGUAGGAGAUCACAGGUGUUCAGAAGUCGAGAGUUACAUCUUAAUGUCUGCUGAAAUGACACCAGGCUCAAACUUCUCACUGGUAAUCUCAAGGGAAGAGAUUGACAGGAACUGCUGCUGCUUGUGUCGACCACUGAAAUAUAGAUCUGAAACGACCUGCUACUUUUCUGAAAGCAGGCUGAAGAAUCAUAAGCAAGAAAAAUCACCCAUAGUUAGGACUUGUCUCAAGGUUUGCGUCAAGGAUCGAGCAAGGAUGGAGCAGCAGGAGCCGAAGGAUGAUUCCAAAGCUGAGAGGACCGAAAGGAAAGUCAGGGAACUGGCAUCUCAGUGGUUUUUAGAGACCCAGCUACCUCUGAUGGUCACCAGCGGCCUCCUCCCCACCUGGUUCCUUGGUUUUAUCAGCAGAAAGGAGGCUGAAGAAAUUCUCAGGGAAAAAGAGCUGGGCUGUUUCCUGAUCCGCCUCAGUGACAAGGCCAUCGGGUACAUUCUCUCAUAUAGAGGCAGAGAUCGGUGCCGCCAUUUUGUCGUAAAUCAAAAUGAAAGCGGACAGAUUGUCAUCUGUGGGGACACCACCACACACAACACAGUGCCCAAUCUGGUGGAUUACUACAAGAAAAACCCCAUCCAGCCUUUCGGAGAGUAUCUGACCUCUUCAUGCUUCGAGACAAUGAAUCCGGAAAUAUAUGAUACCAUCCAGGUCAGCCCCAAACUGAGACCCCCUGCUGCUGAACGAGCUUUGAAGAACAUGAAACAACAGCACCAGGUACCCUUGACCUCUGAGCAGCAGCCUGCACGACCCCUGAAGAGCAACAGAACACAAGAGGAGGUACCGCCUCUGCCUCGGAGGAGCAGGCACCUUGAACCCGGCCUCCUGGACCACGUUUUGUACGCUCAGCUCAAGAAGCAAUCGCCCAGACAGAAACACAGAGCUGCCGCCUCUCAGGACGCUUUACACGGAGCUGCGAGGGCCGAGCCGUCGAACGCCACGGACGGGAGCGGGACCGUGGGCAGAUGUAGUCUAGUACUGGAGCCACACUCUGUUUAUUCUGAGGUUGACCUGCCGGAAAGCAGGAGCCGGUCUCUGCCGCUCCUGGACAGCAGCCGCGACGGAGAACAGCCACACAGGCUGAGCACGCCUCCCAGCACGCCACCAAAACUUUCCCCCAAGCCGGUGCGGCCGCUCUCGGGCUGUGUCUCACUGUUAGAGAGGACAGGUCUGAGCAGCAGAGCGAGCAGCAGCCACAGCCUGAACCACACGGACGACAGCGCCAUUUAUCACCUGGCCAGCGGCCCCGCCGGCCCGCACGGCGCGUCCGGAGACACUCGAUCAGCAGCGCCGGAGCAGGACGGCGACUCCGUGUACGCCGAGAUCCUCUGCGAAGUCCCCGCCGACCGCUUCCCCGCUGACAGGACGUACGAGAUGAUUCCUGGCGCCAAGGAACCAGUGAGCGUCAGGCCGAACAGCCACCAUCACAAGCCUGCGGAGGAGGCCAAACGCAAACACAGCCACUCGUCCUGGGGACUCAAGAAUGACAAAUGGAAAUGGCUCUUUCCGGAAAUGAAGAGGAAAUAGUGAAGAGGCACGACUUGACACUACUGUGUUCAGAUGCAUUUUUGAAGACUAAUUAUAUCUUUUUUUUUUUGUCUAUCUGUGUUUUUAUUUCUCUGUUAAAUGUUGAUGCAUCAUUUUUUUUUAUUUCCAAUUUUAU